AGAAGAAGAAGAAGAAGAAGAGAAUUGGUGGUGGAGGGGAAGAAGAAGAAGAAUAAUUUGAAGAAGCGGCCCAACUUCAUUGGAGAAGUGAUUACAAUUUCGAACUGCAAAUAUACACAUUCAUUUUCAGCUCUCGUUUUAUAGUGACCUGACACCAUACAUUUGCAGCAAACAUUUCGGAAAGGUGGCAGUAAAAAAGGUUGAAAACAUCCCUCUUUCAACGACAACAAGAAGAAUAAAUGAAAUAGCAGGGAACAUCGUGGCACAAUUUCUUGAGAGGAUAAUGCAUAAUGGCUAUGCAUUAUGAAUGCCUAAACCAAAGGAAGUGCUUUCCUCCACUUCUGGGAGUGACUCUGAUAGUGAUGUUGAAACGAAGGCAAAGAGAAAGAAGUCAAGUGCACCAGAGAAAUUCAUUAAGAAACCUAAGACAGGAGAGAGUGUUAAACCUGGUGGGUCUUCCAAAGGCAGCAGUAACACCAGUGACAACAUGUUCCAAAUCGGAAGGAUGAGAUAUGUCUCCGUGAGGGACUUCAAAGGUAAAGUUCUGAUCGACAUCAGAGAAUACUGGACAAAUCCAGAUGGGGAUAUGAAGCCUGGAAAGAAAGGCAUCUCCCUGAAUCCUGAACAAUGGAACCAACUGAAGGAACAGAUUUCAGAAAUUGAUGACGCCAUUAAGAGUAUAUAAGCAGUCCUUGGAACCUUUGAGAAUGUUGGUUAACUUUUGUAAUAAGCCUGAAAUUGUUUUGUAAGUGACUUUGACGGAAUAUUUAAUUUGUCACGGUCUAGCGUUUAUACUGUUGCAUCCUUUUUUUAUUUUAUAUGAAGCUUGUUUUUGAGCAAUAUACCUUUUGGGCUGUGUACCUUUGUGCUAUAUAGUAGAUAGCAGUAAAUAGAGGUCGCUUAUUCUAGUGUAGCACAUUACAGUUUAUAGUAAAACUAAGACAGGUGAUCGGUAUUAAAGUUUUGCAAAAGUGCAAGUUCAUGUUCAUAGUCUGUCAUAGCAAGCACAACAAAUUUUUUGACUGCCCUUUGAAUUAGGAGUUAUGUCAUACGUAUAUCUGAUGACUGAGCCUCAAAUACCUAUAGGCUAUUAAUAAAUUACCUUAUUAAAAAUGUAUGGUAUUAAUUGAUUCAAUGUUCUGUUUUGAGAGAUUAUUGUGAAUCAGUCAAAAUAUUUAAGAUACAGGUGUAUAAAGUGAUAGCAUUAGCACUUACUACCGAUCAUUAGGAUAGACAAGGUACUGUAUAAUAAAACAGUAUAUCUUGUGAAAAUAACUUAUAAACUAAAACCAGACUGCCCGAGA